UACGCGUCAUCUUACAGCGCGCUGGCCGUCGAUACUUCUGGGAAGUGUAGUUCAAACAAAGGGAACACAUUGAUUGGAGCUCAGAGGCCGAAGAUCUUGGCGCAGGCGCACUGCCUUCCCGACCAGAGGCGGUGAGGUGUUCGCAGGUUCCCGUCACUCUUACCGAAGGACUCUUGUCCUUCCGUACCAGAGCAGCGUAGGAGGGAAUGGCUGCUGUAUCUCCACCUACCAAAUGUCAGGCAUCGGUGACAUUUGAAGACGUGGCUGUGACUUUCACAGAGGACGAGUGGCAGCGUCUAGUACCUGUGCAGAGGGCACUCUACAAGGCCGUGAUGCUGGAGAACUAUGAGAACCUCACCUCACUGGGGCUUCCGGUUCCUCGACCUGAUGUAAUUCUUCAGUUCAAGAGAAGGGGAGAGCCCUGGAUGCGGGGUCUUCAUGGAUCUGAGGAGAAAGCAUGGCCAGAGAGUGUCUCUCUAGACUUGGAAACUAAGCCUGGGAUCCUAGAUGCUUCAGAAGGCACACUGAGAGAAAUCUCUAGAAAGCAAAGUUCUCUAUGCCCUAAACGUCAAAUCCAAACACUAACAGGUGGGUUGGAAGUAGAGAAGAAAAGUCCCAAAGCAAAGACUCGCAAAAAGCCCCUUUCCUUGGAUAAAAGCUUGCAGCAAAGGUCAGCAUCCAAGAAAACCCUCACUAAACACCAAGACCAGGAGUGCAGCGAGUGUGGCAAGGCCUUCUUUGACCAUUCGUCCCUCACCCGCCACCAGAGGACUCACACUGGAGAGAAGCCCUAUGACUGUCCCGAGUGUGGGAAGGCCUUCAGCCACAGGAGCAGUCUCAGUAGGCAUCUGAUGUUCCACACUGGAGAGAGCCCGUACGAGUGCAGCGCAUGUGGCAAGGCCUUCUUUGACCACUCAUCCUUAACCGUGCACCAGCGCAUUCACACAGGGGAGAAGCCGUUUAAAUGCAGUGACUGCGGCAAGGCCUUCUUCGACCGCUCAUCCCUUACUCGCCACCAGAGAAUCCACACUGGAGAGAGUCCCUAUGAAUGCCAGCAGUGCGGGAAAGCCUUCAGCCAGAAGAGCAUCCUCACCCGUCACCUGCUGGUCCACACUGGCAGGAAGCCUUACGAAUGCAGUGACUGCGGGAAAGCGUACUGUGGCGUCACCUCCCUAAAACGACACCAGAAGGUGCACACCGGGGAGCCCCGCUAUCAGUGUGAGUGUGGCAAAGCUUUCUUUGACCGCUCUUCUCUGACACAGCACCAGAAGAUACACACUGGAGACAAGCCACAUGAGUGCAGCGAGUGUGGGAAAGCCUUCAGCCAGAGAUGCCGGCUCACAAGACAUCAGAGAGUUCAUACGGGGGAGAAACCCUUUGAGUGCAGCGUGUGCGGCAAAGAGUUCAGCUCCAAGUCCUCAGUUAUUCAACAUCAGAGGCGUUACGCCAAACAAGGGAUAGACUGAAAGAGGAAGCAUGAGUCAGGCACUGGGCUUUCCUACGAGCUUGGAAGGUUUCCCUGUCAUCUACAAAUCCAGCGUUUGUUCAUUCUGCCAACUCUGGCCACUGUCUUCUGCCCGACCUCUGCUCCAGGGUCUGAGUAAACGGUGUACCUCCUGUGCUACAGAACUAACCUGGAGUGCAGAAACUACGCCAUGAAUCUCCACAUUUAAAAUUCUGCACAGAGGCUGUGCAUAGCUCAGAUAGAUAGAUAGAGGCUGGCUAGCUACUUGCCUAGCAUGCAUGAGGAGAUGCAGUUUGAUUCCCAAGCACUGCAAAAGAAAGUUGGAGAGCCUGUCAGACAACAGGAUAGAUGUUAGGAGAGGAAUCUGCAGACAUAGUGAGAAUAGGCCUGUUAGCCUGCACUGUAGGCUAUUACAGUUGGAGAAUGUCACAAUUAUGGGAGACUAUUACAGUUGGAGAAUGUCACAAUUAUGGGAGAAUACCAUUUUCUCCAGGAGUUUCUAUAGCUCAUAGUCCUUCUGAGGCUUUUUGGCACACAGACCUGUUCUCUUGUGCCCCAGUAUUUAGUCCUCCUAUACUAGUAGUAGUGGUAGCACUUACUAAGCACUUAUCUUGGGGUAAACUCUCAGUGGUGAAUUGUAAAAGGGCUAGAUUGAUUGAUCCUCUCACUAAAUCUGUGAAACAGGGUCCUUUUGCUAUCUGAAUUUCACAGAGGAGCACACUGAAGUUUAGAAAAAUUAAGUAAUAUAGUCUAGGGGACACAAGGUGAAGCCAGGUGUCUUAGUUAUUUUUCUAUUGCUGUUCAGAGACAUGAUAGCCAAGGCAACUUAGAAAGUAUUUGCAGGACUUGCUUACAGUUCCAGGGGGGUGAGUCUGUGACCGUCACUGAGGGAGCAUGGCGGCAGGCAGGCACAGUGUUGAAGCGGUAGCUGAGAACUUACAUCUGAUUUAUAAGCAGUAGGUCAAGAGAUAGGGAGAGACAGACAGACAGACUGGUCUUGACACACUGGUCUUGGCAAGGGCUUUUGAAACUUUGAAGUCCACCCCCAGUGAUACACCUCUUCCAAAAAAAGCCACACCUCCUGAUCCUUUCUAAACAUUCCAGCAGUGGGAACCAAACAUUCAAAUAAGUCUAUGAGCCUGUGGGGGCCAUUCUCAUUCAAACCACCACUCAAGGAUAUGAUCAACAACCAAUCCUCACACUGAAAUAGGCCUUGUUGUUAUCUGAAUUUCACAGAGGAGCUUACUGAAGUUUAGAGAGAUUAAGUAAAAUACCCUACAUGACACGAGGUGAAACUAGGUCUUCAAUAUGAAUCUGCCUUUAGUAUUUCUAUUAUAGAUCAUGCUCUAAAAUUUUGUCUUAUAAUUGGCAUACCUGAACUUCUUAGCUACAUUGUCAGCAUUUGGAGGUAUUAUUUAAUAGGUCUGUCUGUCUUAUAGUGUUCCUUGCAAAUAUUAGGUGAUCAAUAAAAUGUUUAUCUAAAUGAAUACCAAAGUUUCUCUAUUCAGAACCUGCUUAGUCUACCUUCUUUCUCUUGGAAUUUUCAGAGUCCAGCCUCUUAACAUACUAGUCAUCACUUCCAAGUUCUUUUGUUUGUUUGUUUGUUUGUUUGUUGUUUUUUGUUUUUUGGAUUUUUUUUUCAAGACAGGGUUUCUCUGUAUAGCCUUGGCUGUCCUGGAACUCACUCUGUAGACCAGGCUGGCCUCGAACUCAGAAAUCUGCCUGCCUCUGCCUCCCUGAGUGCUGGGAUUACAGGCGUGUGCCACCAUUGCCUGGCCCAUUUCCAAGUUCUAUUUCUUCCUUCUUCAUUGCUCAUGGUACAGUAACAAGCCUCCUAAAUAAACAGAGACCUGUGACUCUCAUCUGGUGUGUA